AUGGCAGGGGGAGGAUUUGUGGAUGGUGGAACAGGGAAACACUAUGAUGGUGGUAUCACCGUCUUUGUCUUGUUCACUUGCAUGGUUGGAGCCACUGGAGGUCUCAUCUUCGGUUAUGAUAUUGGAAUUUCAGGCGGAGUGACUUCAAUGGAUAUAUUUUUAAAGAGAUUUUUCCCAUCGGUAUACCAUAAAGAGUCAAAAGCAGGUGCCGGCAAUGCAUACUGUAAAUUUGAUAGUCAUCUGCUGCAACUCUUUACAUCAUCCCUGUACCUUGCUGCUUUAGUGGCUUCUUUCUUUGCUUCUUGGGUCACAAGGGUUUAUGGAAGAAAGAUGUCAAUGUUCUUUGGAGGAUUAACUUUUCUUGUUGGCUCUCUUCUUAAUGGAUUUGCUCAAAAUGUGGCAAUGCUCAUUAUUGGCCGUGUAUUUCUUGGUAUAGGAGUUGGAUUUUGCAAUCAGUCUGUGCCUAUGUAUCUCUCGGAAAUGGCACCUGCAAAUCUAAGAGGAGCUCUUAACAUUGGUUUCCAAAUGGCAACAACAAUUGGAAUACUAGUUGCAAACCUUAUAAAUUAUGGGACAUCUAAUAUCAAAGGCCAUCUAGGGUGGAGACUUUCCUUAGGCCUAGCAGGAGUACCAGCAGCAAUGGUAACCAUAGGAGGCCUAAUUCUUCCUGACUCCCCCAACUCUUUGAUUGAUAGAGGUAAGCAACAAGAAGCAAGGAGAAUGUUACAAAAAAUUCGCGGUACCGACAACGUUGAUGAUGAGUUCCAAGACCUUGUUGAAGCUAGUGAAUCAUCUAAAGCUGUUGAUAAUCCAUGGAAAAACAUAUUAAAGUCCAAGAAUAGGCCUCAACUUAUUAUGGCAAUGCUUAUUCCUUCCUUCCAGCAACUUACUGGUAUUAAUGUGAUCAUGUUUUAUGCUCCUGUCCUUUUUAAGACCCUUGGAUUUGGUGAUGAUGCUGCCUUAAUGUCAUCUGUGAUCACCGGAGUUGUUAAUGUUGUUGCUACUUCGGUUUCCAUCUUCUGUGUUGAUAGAGUUGGAAGAAGGGCUUUGUUCCUUGAAGGUGGUGUCCAAAUGUUUAUUUGCCAGAUUUUGACAGCAUUAUUCAUUGGGCACACAUAUGGAAGCACAGGACAAGGGGAAUUCUCAAAAGCAAGUGCUAAUUUUGUGGUGUUCCUAAUUUGUGCUUACGUUGCAGCAUUUGCAUGGUCAUGGGGUCCCUUAGGUUGGUUGGUUCCAAGUGAAAUAUUCCCUCUCGAGACUCGAUCAGCUGGAACAGCCAUUACAGUCAUGUUUAACAUGAUCUUUACUUUCAUAAUAGCGCAAUGUUUUCUCACCAUGCUUUGUUACAUGAAGUUUGGCCUCUUCCUUUUCUUUAGUGGCUUUGUCAUAAUUAUGACUACCUUUAUAUACUUCUUUUUACCUGAAACAAAAAAUGUGCCUAUUGAAGAGAUGUAUGCAGUUUGGAAAGCACAUUGGUUUUGGGGUAAAUACAUUCCUGAUGAAGCAUUAGGUAGCUAUGCCAAAAGCAUUCAAAUGCCCAAAAAGGCAUGAUUUAGUUUUUCUUUUUCAAUUUUUUUUUUUGCUGGGGGAUAAGCUUGAAGUAGUUAGCUAGAUGGAUAAGUGUUCUUUUGGUAGAUUUAGACUACAUUUAGAUAACUUGUAGUAGUUGUUUUGUUUGUUGCCAUUUGUUUUUGCAGUUUUCUCUAGUUUGGGCAAAUAAUUUCUAUCUUGAUUAUUAAUGAAGACAGUAGAUUUCUCUUCAUUUCUUUCAUUAUCUUAUAAGCUAAGGUAACAUCAAUUGCUUGUUUCAUCCCUUCUACAAAAAGAGAAAGAAAUUUACUCUCCAAAAAAAAAUAAAAAAUAAUGCCUCUUUUAUAUAUAUAUAU